AUUGCGUGCACAUGGUCCUUCACAGUGAUCUCUUCUGCGUCAACAUGGCGGCAUCCAUGGCAUCCCAGGCUGUAGCGAGAGGACUACGUGGAGCAAGUGCCAAACACUUGUUUCUUGAAAACUUCAAGUGUCCACGGGUGAGUUCCAGGCGAUGGCUGAACCUUCAGGAGUACCAGAGCAAGAUGCUGAUGCAGGAGAGUGGGGUGACGGUGCAACGCUUCUAUGUGGCUGACAACGCCCCCGAUGCCUUGCAGGCUGCCAGGAAACUCAAUGCCAAGGAGAUAGUCCUGAAAGCCCAGAUUCUGGCUGGGGGACGAGGGAAGGGCACGUUCGACAGCGGCCUAAAAGGUGGUGUCCACUUGACUAAAGACCCUUCGGUGGUGGGUGAACUGGCCAAUAAGAUGUUAGGUUAUAGUCUGACCACUAAGCAGACACCCAAAGACGGAGUGAAAGUCAAAACGGUGAUGGUGGCAGAAGCCCUGGACAUCAACAGGGAGACCUACUUUGCCAUCCUUAUGGACCGUGCUUGCAACGGUCCAGUCAUGGUGGGCAGUCCUCAGGGCGGGAUGGAUAUAGAGGAGGUGGCUGAAAAAACACCAGAGCUCAUCUUUAAGGAAGUCAUAGAUAUUUUUGAAGGGGUGCAAGAUGACCAGGCGCUUCGCAUGGCAGCUAAUUUGGGUUUCAAAGGGCCUCUGGAGAGACAGGCAGCGGAUCAGAUUAAGAGGCUCUAUGAUCUGUUCCUGAAAGUCGACGCCACUCAAGUUGAAGUCAAUCCUUUCGGAGAGACUCCCGAAGGACAAGUGGUGUGCUUUGAUGCGAAGAUCAACUUUGAUGAUAACGCAGAGUUUAGACAGAAAUCAGUCUUUGCCAUGGAUGACAUGUCGGAGAGCGAUCCGACAGAGACCGAGGCAGCCAAAUGGGACCUCAAAUACAUCGGCUUGGAUGGAAACAUAGCUUGCUUUGUGAAUGGAGCUGGUCUGGCCAUGGCAACAUGUGACAUCAUUGACCUCCAUGGAGGAAAGCCAGCUAACUUCCUGGACUUGGGAGGAGGGGUGAAAGAGAGACAGGUGUACGAGGCCUUCAAACUGCUCACUGCUGACCCCAAGGUAGAGGCCAUCCUGGUGAACAUAUUUGGGGGCAUUGUGAACUGUGCAAUCAUUGCCAACGGCAUUACCAAGGCAUGUCGUGAGCUGGAGCUUAAAGUACCUCUGGUUGUCAGGCUGGAAGGGACAAAUGUGCAGGAGGCCAAGAAGAUCCUGUCAGAGAGCGGACUGCCCAUCGUAGCGGCUAAUGACCUGGACGACGCUGCCAAGAAAGCUGUGGCUGCCAUUGGCAAGAAGUAAAGGCCCCCUGCCUUCUGGACACAUGACCAGCCAUUUAUUCUCCCUUGGUCCUCGGCACCUCCCCUCACACCAAACCAAACAUGACCUCCUUCCAGAGCACCAGCCCUACACCAGUCCUUCAGACCCUAUCUCACCUUUGACCUUCCUGUCUAAUCAGGACAAGUUUCAGGUUGAUUAAUCAUAUCACUUUGUUGUCUUGGUAAAGGUAAACACUGCACCAUAGGUGUUUUGUUGUUCUUUUUUUUUGGUCUACGUUAGAGAAGUCCUGAUUUUAAUUGUGCAUUCCAUUUUGAUACGCUGAACAAACCCCAUGUAUUAAAGAGCAACAUUUAAGGCCUUUGCGUGUGUGUUACCUUUAUUUUGUAGAAGGUGUUUAGUUGGUGACCUCACUGGUUUGCCUUUGUUGAAGUCCAAUACAUUGAUGCCUUAAUCAGAGGUGCUUUAGUAUGCCAGUUUGCAAAACCUGGGUCACAAUAAAUCUCAUACAUGAUGAUUAUGUCUCAGACAACUUGUAUGAAGUGUCCAAUGUUGUUGCACUAGUCUCCAUGUGUGUUGAUCAUACUGUGUGCGUACAUCAUGAUGCCAACAUGCCUCACAUGAACAGUACGUUGGACCCUGAAGUAGCUUUUUAUUAUCGUGAUUGUACUAUAUGUUGAUCAGUUGAUUAGGUCAUAUAUUGUAUGAAUAAAAUGAUUAAUAAAUACAGGUGAAUAUUCUA